GGACUGCAGCAGGGGCGGCGGCGAUCCCGCGGGCGGGAUGUUCCGAGGAUUGAGCAGUUGGUUGGGCCUGAAGCAGCCCGAGGGGCCGGUGGCGAAAGAAGAGCAGCCCGGCGGGGACGAGCUGUUGUCAGGAGACGCGUCACCUGAGGAGCACUCCAAGCCACCGGCAGAGACCACCGAGCACGAGCAGCAGCCAACAGAGGACCCAGAGCUCCUCCACCAGGCCAAAGGCCUUGGCAAUUAUUUGAUUAACUUUGCGAGUGCUGCCACAAAGAAGAUAACUGAGUCUGUUGCUGAAACAGCUCAGACAAUAAAGAAAUCUGUGGAAGAAGGAAAAAUAGAUGGCAUCAUUGAGAAGACCAUUAUAGGGGAUUUUCAAAAAGAACAGAAAAAAUUUGUUGAAGAACAGAACACAAAGAAGUCAGAAGCAGCUGUGCCACCAUGGGUUGAUAGUCAUGAUGAAGAAACAAUUCAACAGCAGAUUUUGGCUUUAUCAGCUGACAAGAGGAAUUUCCUUCGUGACCCACCAGCUGGUGUGCACUUUAACUUUGACUUUGAUCAGAUGUACCCUGUCGCCCUGGUCAUGCUCCAAGAGGAUGAGCUACUAAGCAAGAUGAGAUUUGCCCUUGUUCCUAAACUUGUGAAGGAAGAAGUAUUCUGGAGGAACUACUUCUACCGCAUCUCCUUGAUUAAGCAGUCAGCCCAACUCACAGCACUGGCUGCCCAGCAGCAAGCCUCUGGAAAGGAAGAGAAAAGCAGCAGAGAGGAUGAUUUGCCUCUGACAGAGGCAGUACGGCCGAAAACACCACCUGUCGUAAUCAAAUCUCAGCUUAAAACUCAAGAGGAUGAGGAGGAAAUCUCUACCAGCCCAGGCGUUUCUGAGUUUGUCAGUGAUGCCUUUGAUGCCUGCAACUUAAACCAGGAGGAUUUAAGAAAAGAAAUGGAGCAGCUUGUACUUGAUAAAAAGCAAGAGGAAACAAUUGCAUUAGAAGAAGAUUCUGCUGAUUGGGAAAAGGAGCUACAACAGGAACUUCAGGAAUAUGAAGUGGUAGCAGAGUCGGAGAAGCGAGAUGAAAACUGGGAUAAAGAAAUUGAAAAGAUGCUACAGGAAGAGAAUUAGCCUGAAACCAAUUCUUAACAGUGUGCUGACAUUAAAUUUUGAUGCUUGCUGAAUCAGAAGGCACAAAG